CUAGGCUGAAAAGCGCGAUUGAAACUCUGAAAGUGACAAACGAUAACCAGAAGGUGGUUGUCGUGCCACACAGUAUGGGCGCCUUGAUGUUUUACUACUUUAUGAAAUGGGUUGAGACACCUGCUCCUUUAGGGGGAGGUGGUGGUCCUACAUGGGUGAAUGACCAUGUGGCAGCAUGUAUCAAUAUCGGGCCCCCUUACCUUGGAGUGCCGAAGGCUGUUGCAGCACUUCUGUCUGGAGAAAUGAGAGAUAUGGCAGAGCUUCGAGCUAUGGCAGUUGAGUAUCAGUAUAUUGUAGUGGUAGGGGUUCGAUCUGUAGGUCUGUCGAGUAGGAGUCACAGCCCUGUAGAGGUCGUAGCUGCAGGGAUCCUGAAGGUCAAGGUCGUAGCUGCUACAGUCCUGAGAGGUCAAGGUCGUAGCUGCUACAGUACCCGAAAGGCCAAGUCUACAGACUUCCGGAAGGUCCCGGAAGUGGCCUUUCGAAGUGGGCUCACGUUUAGGCAGAGGCAAGUGGGCAAGUGGUGGAGCCAACCUCAGUACGUUGGCAGUGCGACUGCAGACAUCCACAGCCUCGACGACGCGUUGGCUCAAGUCCACAGUCGCCUCCGGCAGCUGGAGCAGCGACCCGUCGCCGCCCCCGAUGUCACCCCUUCCAACACCUCCGAUCGCCUCGAGGCAUUGGAGAUUGACGUCCGAUCCCUAAAGGACGGCGUGCAGUUACAGCAAACCGCAACGCAACAGUUGGAGCAGCGGAUCUGUACUGCCGCCACCCACUCGAGUUUUGAACCGCGCGAGACGACUCCAAGGUUCAAUGAUCACGAAAUCUUCCGCGACUCGACGAAGACGGACCCGAUUCCAUGGUUUUGCAAGUUCGCUCUCAAGUUGCAGCUCCACCACGUCAGCGAACACAAGCACUACCCGUACUUAUACUCCCGGUCGGGGGGUGCGUGUCAAGCAUGGUUGGACAAUCUCUUGUCCAAGCACGGAGUGGUGGCUGCUGACUUGCAUACCAAGAUCAGUCGGGAUGAUCUAAAGGCGGCGUGGCAUAAGCGGUUCCAAGUAGAGCCGCCAGAGAUCAAGGCAAUGGACAAGCUGAUGACCUUCGAACAAGGCACGCUGCCGAAUGUUGAUUGGAUUGUCGAGUACCAACGCUUGACAUCCGUUCUCCUGACGGAUUACCUAAGGUGCCUACCUGCAGAGGUAAGGACCAAGAUGGUUGAUGAGGCCAAUGUCGAACAACACAGCUUUGUUACUUUUAGUAAGAAAGCUUUGGACAUAGAGGCAAAGCUGGGAUCCGCGCAUCAGGCAUCUCAUGAUGGUAGGAAGAAACUUCCCCAGGACUGGAAGAAGAAGGGUCAGUUGAUGUUCGUAGACCAUUAUGGUCAAACGACGGAGAUUGACGAUUUCCCAGACCUUGGGGACGUGACAGAGCAAGAUGGGGCUAGUGAGACUUCGGAUGGGGGAGUCGUGGCACCCAUCAAGGAAAAGGCUAGGGGGACCAGGAAGAAGAAGGUAGUACGGUCCAUGGGUCAGGGCGACCAAGGAACAACCGCAUGGGUAAAACUUGGUUUAGAGUAUGAGGUGUGGAGGGACCGAGUUGCUAGGGGCACAUGCAUGAACUGUGGCAACUAUGGCCACACGUCUCAAACGUGCGUGGUGGAAAGGGAGGUUGUCCAUGCAAUAGAGGUUGUCCCAGGUAGCAAGGUGCCUAGAGGACGAAUCUAUAGGAUGUCUCCUGCGGAGUUAGAUGAGCUCCGCCGCCAGCUCAAGGAGCUCACAGAGAAGGGAUGGAUUCGGCCUAGCACCUCCCCUUACGACGCUCCAGUCCUAUUCGUACCGAAGAAGGGAGGUACCUUGAGGAUGCGCAUUGACUAUAGGGGCCUCAAUGCCAUCACCGUUAAGAACGCGGAGCCCAUACCCCGCAUCGACGACCUCUUGGAUAGAGUGCAGGGAUGCCGGUACUUCACCAAGAUAGAUCUGAAGUCCGGAUACCAUCAAAUUGCUAUUAGGCCCGAGGAUCAGCACAAAACCGCAUUUCGGACCAGGUACGGUCUGUACGAGUUUGUGGUGAUGCCCGUUGGACUAUGCAAUGCACCUAGUACGUUCCAGCACGCGAUGAACAUGAUUUUUCAUAGCUACUUAGACAAGUUUAUUGUCGUGUACCUUGACGAUAUUCUCAUCUUUAGUAGGACUGUAGAGGAGCACGCUGAGCACUUGAAAACAGUGCUAGGUCUCUUAAGACAGCACCAGUACAAGGUGAACUUGGAGAAAUGCGAGUUUGGUCGCACCAAGAUCUUGUACUUGGGUCAUGAAAUCUCAGCUGAUGGAUUGAGGCCGGAUGAUGCCAAAGUGGCCAGCAUACGUGACUGGUCCAGACCUCAGACUGUUACUGAGGUCAGAUCGUUUUUGGGGACGACGGGCUACUAUUGUCCGUUUGUGAAGAACUAUAGUACUAUAGCUUCCCCAUUGACAGAUCCAACUCGACUGGACACCCCUUGGGAGUGGACUGAAGAGUGUGAGGCGGCCUUUAGGAAACUGGAGUGCGCCCUGACAUACUAUGAGGUUCUUAAACUUCCUGAUCCUGAUAAGCCGUUUGUUGUGACAACAGACGCCAGCCAAUAUGGCAUAGGUGCGCUUGCGCAAAAGGAGGGGCCCAAGUUGAGACCUAUCUUGAGUACAUGAGCAAAAAGAUGCCAUCUCAGAAACUAGCUAAGUCCACUUAUGAGCGUGAGCUCUAUGCCUUGUACAAAGCGCAGAUUCUUUUAUAUGAGAUCUAACCAUGAG